ACGGUUAGAAGCUGGCGCAAGGUAUUGAACUGGGCAUUUCAGUACCAUACCUCUAGGAACAUCACCAUUUUUCAGGUAGAGUUGCUACCAAUAGAUAAAUGUGCUCACAAGUGUUUGGAAAGAAACUUCUCUAAAAAGCACAUACAGUAAGACCCCGCUUAACGCUGUUUCGGUUUAGCGCUUUUAUUUCAACCCGGGAAUUCCCCGAAAUCACUCGCAGCAUACGGGGAUUCCCCGAAAUAUUAUGCAGCGAUAGGUUUCAAAUACAUAUCCGAAAGAGUGUACUUGUAUUUCUUGUUUUGUGCCGUAUUGUACAGACAUAUUUUAAUUAUUGGAAACAUUUGUUGACAUUAUUGUAAGUAGGUAUUAAUUUACAUAUUUAAAACUAUAUUACAGUGUCAAAUAUUUUGUCCUAAGUUUUUUACUAUGGGUGAUAAUGAAAAAGAAAAGAAAGCAACCAGAAAAAGCAUUUCACUCAAAACUAAAAUGGAAGUGAUUAGAAGAUUAGAUUCUGGUAAACGUCAAACUCUAAUUAGUGCUUCAUUGAAUUUGCCAACUUCAACAAUAAGGACAAUCAUGAAGAAUAAAGAAAAAAUACUGUCAUCGGCAACUGCAGCUACGUCAAGCUCUGCAACUAGAAUUACCCGUUCUAGAAAUAAUAUCAUAGAGGAAAUGGAAAAACGACUGUCGAUAUGGAUUGAUGACGAAAUUGGCCGCAAUAUGCCAUUAAGCCAAUCUAUCAUAAUGGAAAAAGCUAGAAGAAUUUUUAAUUACAUUCAGGCUGAGACAAUUGACAAAAGCGAAACUUUCGUUGCUAGUCGAGGAUGGUUUAAUAGAUUUAAACAUCGAAAUAACCUUCACAACAUAAAGAUUACAGGAGAAUUUAAAGCUGCAAAAGAUCGCUUAACUCUUCUACUAGGUGGUAACGUAAGCGGAGAUUUUAAAUUAAAACCAUUACUAAUUUACCAUUCCAAAAACCCAAGAGCGAUGAAAGGCAUAUCUAAAUCAACUUUACCUGUAAUUUGGGAGUCUAAUAAAAAAUCAUGGAUAACUUGGAAAAUUUUGCAGGAUUGGUUCACUGAACAUUCUGCCCGUCUGUUAAACGUUAUUGCGAAAUUAAAAAACUUGAACAAAAAGCACUUCUGUUAAUUGAUAAUGCUCCAAGCCACCCAACAAAUUUACUAUCAGACUUAACAACAUGCAUUCCAGUCGAAGUGGUUUUCUUGCCGCCUAACACAACUGCCUUAAUUCAACCAAUGGACCAAGGCGUUAUAUCAAAUUUUAAGGAUUAUUACUUGCGGCGAACCUUUAAGCAAAUGUUUGAAAAAACAGACGGAGAAGAGAACCAGUCCAUAAGAGAAUUUUGGAAAAACUACAUCGUGGAGAAAUACUCCAGGCCUAAGACAACCCAAUAGAUUCAUAAUCAAGUCAGCUAAGAAGUCUGAAAAACUUCUAGUGAUGACCAGAAACGACAUGAAACUGGUAGUCGGUCUUCCAACAGAUUACUGUCCCUUCAAAUACUACCUUAAGACGAUGAGCAUGCAGAGCAUCUAAUCUGCGAAUAUCCUGCCCAUUUUGCAAAAGACUCAAGUACCUUAAAGGAGUAAUACUAACACCUAGGGAAGUGGGACACAAGAACCUCCUUUGGGAGGAGUCUUAAGUAUUUUGGAAGCAUAACAAUAAGAGUCUUACACAAAAUAUCUUCCCCAAAACAAUCUACAAAGUACAACCCUUCAGGAUAGUUAAUCUGACCUGCAUUUUGAUUUUCAUCCUUCAAUUACACCUUGUUAUAUACUCCUAAUGAAGUCAUAAGAUAUAAAGUGACAAAGUGUAUCUUGGAUAAUCAUUGUCCAGAUCUUCUUUGAUUGGAAUUUCUUUAACCUCGAUUCAAAGAAUAAAAAUUAUUGCAGUUUAGAACGAAAAAGGGAUGAAAUAAAAGAUGUCAUAGAGAUAGGGAAUUUAACAAUUUUAAAACUUCAUAGUUAGAACAUCUUUAGCAGGUGAUUUAAGGUGGAUUAUGGAUUAAACCUGAAAAGCACAUCCAAUUGUUCAAGUUUGUUGAAAUUUAACACUAAAUUGAAAAACUAUUGAUGUUUCUAAAAUUGAAUUUAACAAUAUUCUACUAAAAUAGUUUCCCAAUACUUAUCUUAUACUCAAAAGUAUACCACUUCCAAGCUUCUUCAAGGUCACUGCCGCCUCAGGAAGCAACUUAACAAGAUUUAAGUUUUAAAAACUGAGAACAGUGGAAUAGAGGAACAAAAAAAACUCUAGUUUACCUAGUUCUAGAAUGCCUCACAAUCCCACAGGUAUGCAAGUAAUGCAGUAAUGCUUCACACAAUAAACCUUUAGGGAAAGUCAGCAUAGAUACUGGAGUUCUAUAUAAUUCUAGCAAGCAGGCUGUAGAUGUUGAAAACAGCUUUAAUAGGUGACAUAAUAAACCCAAAACUGAUAGUGUAACCCCUAUAUCUACAACAGUUUCAUUUGUUACAU